CUUUUACGUAUCUGAAUAUGUUGAAGAGAUAUGGCAGUAAGGGGGUAAAUAAAAACAUCUGUAUGGYUUUAGCCAGAUAAUCAGAAAAAUAUGUGCGUUUUUCACAAAAUGGCUGGCAUUAGGACCUCAGGGACAAUAAGCUAACCGCUUCGAUGCCAGGGGAAGUUGGCGAGGCAGGGAUCACACUGUGCACAACAUGACUGACGUCUACCAGACAUCAGACUAAUGUCAAACACCACAAGACAAGCGUGACGGUGUCGCGAAGAGCAGGACACGUUAUGCAUCUCUUCUGUCUUCAGCUGCUCCGUUUGCCUACUUGUGCCAAAUUCAGGGAUCUACUAAUUGUUUGGAAACAGCUCUCAACAUCCUCUGUGGUCUAACCGUCGUGGACAUUCCUUGAMACAUAUCGUAAAGAACUGGCUUCCUUUUAAAUGGACUAGAAAGGUAUCCAAUGCAUUUCCAUCUGGCAUAUUCACACUGGUUUUCAUCCUGUGCGCCUUAUUCAAUCAUUGUUUUGUGAUGGCAGUGCAGGAACCUAACAGAACAACGGGUUUUACUUGCAGACAAUGUGGCAUGGUAUGUCCCAAUAUGCCCGGUCUACUCCAGCACAUGGAUGCUCACCAUCAACAAGAGGAAGAGCGUAAAUUUAAAUGCGAUCAAUGCGGACGUGGUUACAGGCACGCUGGCAGUCUAACAAACCACAAAAAGACUCAUGAAGUAGGUUCUUUUCAGUGUAGCAUAUGUGGGAAGGAAAACUGGAAUGCCUCGGCCCUGAAGAGCCAUCUCCGGAGCCACACAUCAUUUAAAAAGUAUUCCUGUGCAGAGUGUGGAAAAGCUUUUCGUUUGGCAACUCAGCUCGCUACACAUGAGAGGGUUCACCUUGCCAGGAAACCAAGAAAUCAGUCAUUUGGAAAUACAGACAUGGGAUAUCCCACACACGAAAUUGAAAACGAUGAGCAGUGUGAAUUUACUGAGAAGCUGAACAAYGUUGGGAUUUCUGUAGAAAACAGUCCAUGUGAUGACAAAAUCAAUGAUURUAAUAUACAGAUGGAGACGUGUGAUGAUUCUAUAAACAGACCGUUCAGGUGCGACCUGUGUGACAAGUCAUACAUACAUCAUCGCAGCCUGAUCAAUCACAGGAAGACUCACCAACUGGGAGUGUUUGAGUGCACCGUGUGCUUCAAGUCCUUCAGUAACAUGGCUGCUUUCUACAGCCAUCAGAGAACUCACAAAGCAAGAAGCAGGACGGACCUCAGUUUGACGGUCGACCCWAACACAACGCUGGACCAGCUGCCAAAACACAACCAGGACGCUCCAGUUAAUUUUUGUCAUUUAUGUCAGGURCUUUUUCCCAAUGAAGCAGAGUUCCAGGAACACAUCCAAAUGCACAAUUCUUCUGCUCUGUCAUUUGGGCUUCAGGAUACUUUGUCAGAUAAGCUAAAUGCAUCAUACGACAACAGUAUUGCUUCACCGGAGUCUAGUUUUUGUGCAUCCCCUAUAAGUGGCAUACCUUCCAUUUCUCCAGUAGUUAAUUUGAGAAACUUUGAUCCCCCACAGGAGCAGAUAACAAGUAAUGGUCAUGGGCUUUUGGACUUUUCCACUGAUCAGAAACCAUCUCCCAGUGGAUCUCAGGGAGAAGCGCCUGUAAUGGACAUAACCGCCGAGAGUCCCACACACACGCCAUCGCAAAAUAUGGGAGAAACCUCAGCUGUGGAGUCUGACAAGCGCCCCUUCAAGUGUCACACCUGUGGGAAGAGCUACCGACACUCAGGGAGCCUCAUUAACCACAAAAGGUCACAUCAGGUUGGGAUUUACCGGUGUUCCGUUUGCAGUAAGACUUAUCCUCACCUGGCCGCUCUUAAAGGACACCUUCGUCUCCACAAAGCUCAGCCGUCAUCUUUCCACCUCGCUGCAGAGGGAGACUGGCUCUCCUCUGAGCCGCUGACUUCAGACAACCAGCAGGGCUGCUUCUCUUCUCCAAACGAGCGGGAAGAUGGCGCCCGCUCCGUACUCGGCAUCGAUCAGGAGGCUGGAGCUGACCCCGGAAACGGAGCGUUUUACCAGGAGCAGUUUAACCAGGACUUCUCCCAGGACACAACAGCACAUACACCUCAUAAAGAACGAGUCGCACCAAUGCACAUGUGCGCCGACUGCGGGGAGACGUUCACAGAUAUCGCAGGGAUCAAGUCUCAUAGUUGCCCUUUGCUACAUCAGCGACGUGAGACUGCUGGAAGCGAAUAUUCCAACGAUUUAAAUUUUCAGUCCAAUAAUGCUGUUUGUGCUCUAGAAAAUCCAGGAAGUAAUGUAGAGAUGCACGGCCUGAAUGGUAGCCAGUAUUACYUUGAACAGAAUUUCCGCGAAAAUGCAAACAGCGCUCAGCCGUACGCCGGCAGAUUAGAUGAUCCCGACGAGGAGGAUGAUGAUGGAGAUCAUUAUCAGUGCUCAAUCUGUGGCAACAACUACAGCAGCAUGAGGGCUCUCAGAAGCCACCUCCAAGGACACACGCAGGCCCACGAUGCUCGGCCGAGCUCGGGUCCUUCCUCCCUGUCCUCCAGUGAUGGAGUGAAAGAUGACGAGCCGGGGGAGAUGGUGAUCUGCAGUACAUGUGGGGAAAGUUUUGCAAGCAGGCAGGACUUGAUUUCACAUCAGCCUCUACACAACGAGGACCAGGCGGAUCAUGCAAACGGUUUACCUCUGAACGGAGACGUUUCAAAAAGUAAAGGGGAGGCACAGAUCAUCUGUGGCAGCUGUGGCGUCUUCUGUUCAAGUUACGAUCACCUGGACAACCACGACUGCACUUCAGAGACAAAAGAUGCGUCCGUGUGCGUCAAAGAGGAAAUAAAAGUCAACAGUGUCAUCCAGCCCGAAGAGACACGUCUCAGCAGACCGACUGUUGGUGGUGAGCAUCGUCAGUACAGGUGUGAUCAGUGCGGACGGUCUUACAGGCAUGCAGGUUCCUUGCUCAACCAUAAAAAGUCCCACAAAACAGGUGUGUUCAGAUGUGUCACCUGCCAGAAACGCUUCUACAACCUGCUGGCUCUGAAAAACCACCAGAGGUCCCACUUUGACAUUAAAAGACACGCUUGCCACGAGUGUGGGAAAGCCUUCAAAAUUCAAAAGCAGCUCUUGAACCACCAGAGGAGGCACAAAGAGAACCGAGCCAAAAUCCAGGAACUCAACAAUCAGAUCCAGGCGCUCAUGCAAAUGAACGGAACCAGAGCAGAYGGAAGAACGGCGUCCUCGGCUCCGAAUGCCAGUCAGCCGUUCACCUCUGACCGGCGCCGCACGCAGUCGCCUGGAGGCGGGGGGCAACACUCACAGUUGGACACCUCCGUGAAACUGGAGCGUGAUCAGCGGCCUUUUGCGUGCAACCAGUGUGGGCGCACUUAUCGCCAUGCAGGAAGUUUGGUCAAUCACAGGAACUCGCAUAAAACAGGUGAAUACUGCUGCUCCGUUUGUAACAACACCUACUCUAACCAGCUCGCAAUGAAGAACCACUUACGAACCCACCUUGCGAAUAAGAAGCACCUGUGCCAGAACUGUGGGAAAGGCUUCAGAGGGAACAAACAGCUGCUGACUCAUGUCUGUGCAGACCUCAGGAAGGCCGGGGCCAGAGGCAGGUGGAGUCUCAGGCGUAAAGCUUUUAAAUGCAAAAAAUGUAAGAAGACCUUUAUCUCUGCUGACCAACUGGCUGCCCACACCUGCGAUGGACCCUCACACUGCAGAGAUUCCCAAUCAAACACGUCGCUCAAUAAAGAGGAGCGGCCGUUCAAGUGCAGCUUAUGUAAUCGCACCUACCGCCACGCCGGCUCGCUGCUGAACCACAAAAACACCCACAAGACCGGACAUUUCAGCUGCACCUUCUGCUCCAAACCCUUCAGCAACCCCAUGGCUUUACGCAAUCACACCCGGAUCCACACGCAGCAGAAGAAGUACGUGUGCCUCACGUGUGGGAAGGCCUUCCGUCUCGCCAGCGUCCUACACAACCACCAGAAGGUCCACAAUCGGGCGCUGAGUCACUUCGGCUGUCCUUCGUGYGGAAAGAGCUUCCAGGGCAGGUCUGGCCUGAAGAGGCACCGCUGCCACAAAGGUCAGGGGAGCAACACGCCAUCUGGAGUCCAGCAGUCUGAGAGAGCCAGCAAAUGCUUCAUGUGUGACCUGUGUGGGCGCUCCUACCGCCACGCUGGUUCCCUCCUCAACCACAAGAAGUCCCACUCUGAGCACCUUCACCACUGCACCUUGUGUCUGCAGACGUUUCCCGACGCUCUCGCUCUGCAGGCGCACUCCCAGAUGAGGCGGCAGUGUUGUCCCGAGUGCGGCAAGACCUUCUGUCUGGUGUCGCACCUGCAGAGCCACAUGCAGACGCACUCGAAGGAACAGGUCGUAGUCUGCGGUCUCUGCCGGCAGAGCUUUCCCGACGCAGCCGCCUACCGGGAGCACCGUGACGCACACCACGCGAUCCAGGACCCCCGUCAUCAGGACGUGCGCCAGCCUGUGGAGACGAACUCCUGCUGGGAUUUGGGAAUAAAUCAGUCCGUGGGGCCGGCGGAGGCGGUUGACCAGGUUCCGCCUCCUUUGGCUCACGUUCCAGAAGGCGUCGCGGAUUCGCAGAGCAACGACGCCUCCGCAGCGGAGGAGAAGGGCCACGUCUGCGAGCACUGCGGCCGCUCGUACCGCCACGCCGGUUCCCUCCUAAACCACAAGAACAGCCACAAGACGGGCUCCUUCUUCUGCGCAGUCUGCCAGAAAGAGUUCACCAACCUGAUGGCCCUCAAAAACCAYCGCCGCAUCCACACGGAGCCGAAGCGCUACCAGUGCCUGGAGUGCGGCAAGGCGUUCCGCGUGUCCACUCAGCUCAUCUGUCACCGGAGGAUACACACUAAGGAGAAGCCCUUCGCCUGCCUGCUGUGCGACAAGAGCUUCUCCAGCAAGUCCAACCUGCGGCACCAUCAGAAGAUGCACCCGGACACCACCCCGACCUACGACUCCUCGUUCAGCAUCGACACGAACGCCUUCAUGGACCUGGAUAUGGAGUCGUUUUUAUAAAGCAGUGCUCUCAAACACACAGGACGAGGGGUUGUUUCUGAGUUUUUCCUUUCUGCCAGCAGUUGUAAAGCAGUAUUUCUUGUUUUCAGGAAGUGUUCCUUGUUUAAAGAAACCCACAUUUCAUCACCUAACUUCCAGUCUUACCUCAGAAGAAAUCAUCUCUGUUAAUUAAGACUUGAAUGUUCACGAAUACGCAGGGUCUUUAAAACAGAGCAGACUCUGCUCAUUCCUCUGUUAAAAAAACACAUAAAAAAACAACUAACCAACCAAAGUGAACAGAAACCUGCAGUCUAAGUUUAUUUAAAAUAACGUUUUGUAAAGCAGAACUUUUCAAACUCUUGCCAUGUAUAAUAGAUCUGUUCAGUGCCUCCGCAAGUUUUAGGAAUCUAAUAUACAAACUAUAUUUAUCUGUGAAUAGUUUGGUUUCUUUUGCAGUCAGUUGCAUUGGGAAUUCACAGAAAGUAGCGUUAUUUUUCAGUUAAAUACCUCCUGGGUGUGUGUUCCUCAAGUAAAUAUUCAUCUAAUAAUGUUUCAAGUUCACACUGACACUGUAGGCUAAAGUGGAUGUAUUUAUUUAUUUGUUAUUUAUGUGCAUAUUUAAUUCGAAGAAUGUUCCAUGAAUGCUGCAUUAACUCGUAGCUUUUACGGACCUCCCCAUCAGUCGGCUUACGUCUCAUUUGUUUAAUAAAAUGAGCCAAGGAUGACAUGAUAUGGGAUCAGGGUAAACCUUCAAAAAGGAGCUAACCCGKUGUGUUAACCAUUGUUCACCAUCAGUAAAGGUUUGCCUCACUUGUGCCAUUUUAACACUUUUGUGUUUCAUUUUUUUUUCUGCUUUGCCACCAGAGUCACUCCAGCUCCUUUAACACUGCAUGCUGUAAUCUUUCUUAACCCUUUGAGAAGCAAGAGUUUAGUAGAAGUGCCUGUGCCUAAAAUGUAAGUCGACUGUAGCAGUUUGAUGUGAACAAACCUCUCACUUAACUUUAGUUUGUAUAGCUUCUUAGUGACGAACUUAACUUCAAGUAGUUGAUAAUUGUAGAUUGUUAUGCUCUAUAUAAAACAAGCCUCAGUUAAAGCUAAGCACAAGUAUUAAUGUAAACCAAACAGGUUUUAUCUUCACUGUACAAGUUUAUGAAUCGCCUGUUAUGUCAUUAACAUGCAUUUGUGUUUUUUUUUUUCCACACACACACAGUCGUCAGACUUUGUUCAUUGAGUUUCUUUUCACAGGACGAACAAAAGUGAACAGACGGCCUUUGUUCUCAUUAAUUGAAAUCUUUGUUUUAUGCCUUAAAUGUUGCAUUCUGUGUAUAAAUUUGUUUAUCCUUUGCCAGAAAUACCUCAAAAGUACUGCCUACAUAACAAAUGCUACUUAAUGCAGAUGAGUUGUUGAGAGAAACACUAAAACGCCACGUGGUUACAGAAGUGUUAGAACCUUCGCGUUUUACUUCUAGAUUAUCAUUUCCUCCGUGACGAAGUGCCAUGUCUUUGGUUUGUUUUUUAGAUUUUUAUUUGCACGUUUUACAUCCUUUAUGUUGCAGACCAGUUUCUCGGUCGAGCAGCGGUUUGCUGAAUAUUUCACCCCAAAUGGUGAAAAAGGUUGAGCAAUAUGUUCAAACGUGUCGUUUCAGUGCAUAAAGCGAAGAUUUUAUGCUCAUGUUUUGAUUUACUGUUCUUUGAAAUAGCACCAGAUUAAGGCUCAUGUUUGCAUUUCCCUCUACCAACAUUGUUACGUUAUUUAAAAACCUAAUAAAUUAGAUAAGUAACAUUUUAUAUGUCAUGGUUAUUUUUUUUAAAAAAGGGCGAGGCGGGGUACAUCUACAUGAGAGUAAACAAAACUAUUUGAUUGCAACUAAACUUUACUGUAGUUGAUGUUCAUCAGUCUGGUUAUAUUGGAAAGUGUUUUUAAAACUCCAUAAAAAUGAAAUUAGGAUCAAGGUUAGUUAUUUCAUUAAAAACGUGUUUGAA